AUGGGGUCUCUUCUGAUCUCUCCUCUUCUGAUGCUGGCGUUGAGUCUCGUUGCAGGUGCUCAAGAGGACCCGCUCUUCCCUUUCUCAGAGUACCUGGACCACGGCCGCGAUGUCCGACUCAGGUGGGGAUUCGAUAAAGCGACAGACAUCAUUACGUUUGAGCUGACCGUGAACACCUCUGGCUGGGUCAGUUUGGGAUUCAGCCCCAACGGAGGUAUGGCGGGAUCAGAUAUCGUCAUUGGGGGAGUUGGACCACAGGGAACUUACUUCACGGAUCGCUAUGCUGAAGGGAACGAAUUACCAUCUGUGGACAAAGAGCAGAACUAUAAACUCCUGUCACUGACUGAGGUGAACGGACAGACUGUGAUGAAGUUUCAACGGCCCAUCGCGGCUUGCGACCCACAGGACUUUUCAGUUACUGGGAUUCCGAUCAAGCUCAUCUACGCUUAUGGGAUAGACGAUGACAUCAGCUACCAUGGCAGCCAACGGGGAACCAAGGAAAUCAACCUCCUGAACUACAUGCCUCGCAGCACCCCUUCAGACAGUAAAUACUUUGACUUGACCAUGACAAAUUAUACCAUCCCAGACGUAAGAACAACCUACUACUGCAAGAUCAUGCCAGCCCCAUUCUUCGACCGAAAGUAUCACAUCUAUCGGAUUGAGCCCAUAGUUGAACACUUAGAUAUGGUCCAUCACAUGGUGCUGUAUCACUGCCCACCCAGCGUCACAAAUCCUCAUGAGGAGGUGUGUUUUCACAGUGCAGAAAUAAACCAGUGCCUCCAGGUUACAGCUGCGUGGGGUGUUGGAGGAGGGGCUUUUGAAUUUCCAGAGGUGGCUGGAGUUCCCAUAGGAGGAGAUGGGAGGGUGCAAAUGUACAGGCUUGAGAUGCAUUACAACAACCCAUCCAAGCUCAAAGGGCGAGUUGAUAACUCUGGCUUGAGAUUCUUCUACACCUCUGAGCUACGGCAACAUGAUGCAGCAGUUUUGCAGACAGGACUGGCAGUGAGUCCAGGAUAUGCAAUCCCUCCCAACGCUUCAAUGUACCACACAUAUGGCUUGUGUGACACCUCUCUCAUGAGACAGAUUGGUCCAGAACCUGCUCAUGACCUUCAUGUUUUUGCUUCUAUCCUACACACUCACCUCGCUGGGCGGAAAGUGCGAGUUGGCCAUUUCAGAGAUGGACAGCAAAUAGAUUUUUUAACAUUUAAUGAAAACUAUGACUUCGAAUACCAGCAGAUUCUAAAUCUGGGAGAAACCAAGAUGAUUAAACAGGGUGACCAGGUGUUGGUGGAAUGCACAUACAACACUCAAGACCGUAACACUAUCACAUGGGGAGGGCUAGAGACUACAGAUGAGAUGUGCAUGGUAUUCCUGCUCUAUUACCCAGCCUUGGAUAUCAGCCUGUGUCAUAGCUUUCCAAGUCCAGAUGAUCUAGUGCAGGAGCUGGGCAUGACAAACCAAAAGUAA